AUGGAAUUUCCAGAAAAUUUAGAUCAAUUUGGUGAAACUCAUUACGAACCUAUUUUUCUUUCAGAAUCAGACUAUGAUGAAAAUGAGAACUCACACUCUGAUGAAGAAUCGGGAAGUACAAGUGAUAAAGAGUCUACAUCCAAGGAUCCUAAUAAUUCUCUUGCAGCAAGCAUAAAUGUUCUUAUUGAAAAGCUUCAAAAAUGUUGCUUGUGUCAAGAAAAAUGUAGUGAAAAGGUUCCAUUAACUUUAUUACAGUCUUUGGCAUUAGAAAGUAUUGUUAUGGGCAAGAAAAAACGAUACCAUUCCAUAUCAAUACUUCUUGCUACUUCUAAUCCUAAUCUUCACGAAAAAACAGCAAAAUUUGCUAAAAACUAUCAACUUUCUUAUUUCGUUGAUAAAGUCAAACUUUUUAUUAAGUCGUUUGGUGAUCAAUAUGGUGAAAAACAGGCUGUUCGAAAGUAUACACGUAAAAAGAAAGAUGGACAAAUAACCAUAAAUUAUGAGAAGGAUGAUAUUAUUCUUUUAUCAUCUCAUUAUUCUUACAAUCGCCUUCUUUAUCUUUACAAUUCAAUAAAUCAAGAAAGCUGUAUCAGCGGUUGGACUUUUCGACGAUUAUGGAAAAACGAUGCCAAGCUUAGUAAAAUAGUAAUAAGAAAACCAUCCAAAGAUGUAUGUGAUGAAUGUACUUUAUAUAAACGUGCAUUCAAAGAAAGCCGUAAUAAAGUAGAUGAAGGUCUCGAUGAACAAUUAGUAAAUCAUGUGACAGAUUAUCAGGUGCAUCAAUUUGGCUUAGUAGAUGAAGGAAUUGAUAAACAUUGGCAUGCGAUUUAUACCAAGGGUAAAGAAUCUAAAGAGCCGAAUGAAGUUACUUCGAUGUUGCACCAUUUUUUUGUUUCUGUAACAGGUGAAGCAGAGGAAAUUAACGCUGAACUAGUAAAUUUAUGUCCUCGUGAACUUCCGUCAAAAGGUCUUCCAGAAGAAAAACAAGUAGAUUUUUGGAACAAAAUUCGCCAAUACUAUGAUGUAGUAAUGAGUGUUGAAAAAUUAAAGGGAGGUCGCGCAAAAGAAGCCCAGA